AUGCCUCAAACCGCCGACAACCUCCUCAGUGAUCCUGAGAUCGCCAAUGCUUACGAAGACGUACGUUCCGACAAAUCCGCCACAACAUGGAUGGUGCUCAAGUACAUUUCCGGCACUUCCGAUGCACUGAAGCUGGAUUCUACUGGUGAAGGUGACAUCGCGGAGAUGGUGGAGCACCUUGGAGAUGACGAAGCUGCAUAUGCUUUUGUGAGGAUGACAGUGGGAAACGAUGAGUUGUCGCAGAGGAUAAAAUUCGUCUUCGUUUCAUGGUGUGGCAUAAAGACUAAUGCGUCCAUCUUUCANGGCCCCAACACAAGAGUCAUGCGCAGAGCAAAGAUGACCACUCAAAUUGGUCAAGUCAAGCAAGUCCUGCGAAGCUACGCCAUCGAGAUUCAGACCGACAGCAAGACCGACCUCAAGGAGUCGGAGGUUACCAUGAAGUUGAGAAGGGCCAUGGGUGCCAACUACGACCGUCAAGCAUCAGGCUACUAG